GGAAUCCGCCCAGAAAUAUUUUGAUUGCCCACAGAAAUCUCGGAGAGUACACCGUGUCUUGGGAAGGAGAAUGCCCGUGUACAGGGGACAUCAAAUACCAACUAGAUUACAUCUACCUCGAUUUUAAAGUCAGGAAGAUGGAAACAUACUUUGUGCAAAAACAUCAAAAGGAGCUGGAUUUGGAAUUACACCGAGGACUACAUGCUCGAGUGAGGCUUAAAAAUAGUGAAAUAACUAGCCGUUGGACUGAGAGAACCUUUAAUCUGCCAGGUGAAUCAUUCGCUUCAGUUGACAACUUGACUUGCAUUUUCUAUGGUGAGCUGUACAUGAACUGCAGUUGGGAUGUUACUGAAGAUGCAUCGGAGGAUGCACGAUUCAUUUUGUCCUACAGGGAGCGAAACCCAUCCGUUAUGUACAACUGCGCAGAUUACCUGGUGGAUGGAGGGAGGAACAUUGGCUGUGUCAACGAAAAUAUUCGCUUUGAAGAUACCAUCAAGAUUAUCAUCUGUAUCAGUGAAGUGAACAAGGAAGCCAAAUUGCCGUAUUGCAGAAUAGUGAACCCAUUCAAUUUCUAUAAACUCGACAGUCCAAUAAAUGUCAUGAUCGACAAAAGCACGGAUGAGGUCAAAUGGACACUUCCAACAUUUGAUUUCAAUACCAUUUGUUACACGUUUCAAUUAAACUGCACAAAUUUGAAUGAUGGAAACACAAAGCUUGAAAAUGUGACUUCCACAAAUCAUAUAAUCACCAGGGAUCACACAAAAGAAUAUUCACUGCACGUGAGAGCAGCGGUGAAUGAUAGAUGUUUUGAAAGCCAUUUCUGGAGUGACUGGAGCAAAUCACUUGUUAUUGAUCCUGAUGGAAAGGAUAUGUCUUUGCCAACAAUUGUGGCAGUGGUUGCAGUGAUUCUCGUCGCACUCUUGUUGCUCCUAGUUUUGGUCUGCAUAAAAUAUAAAUUAUUGUCCAAAUUGUGUCAACCAAUCCCCGAUGCUGAACAGAAGUUCAAGGGGCUUUUUGAAGAGUGCAAUGGUGAUUUUCAGAAAUGGAUUAACAAGAGUAUCCAGCUGACGAAUAAAGCUGAAGACAGCUCGUUGACCACUGCAAAAGAAUUCCAAGAGUCUUAAAAGAGACGUUGACACAUUCCCUUCUGGUUUCAUCAUCGGCAAUCCGUUGGUCUUCAGGAGGAAGAGGGUUGUUAAAAAAUCGAAUGUUACCAUUAAAGAGUUGUAUACGCAGUCUAGUUGGAUAAAGUAAGGCUGGGAGCAACUUUUUCUUAAACAACUCAGACAUUACGCUUUCUGAAGGCUUUUGAGGGUGAAGCCGUCUCUGGGAGCUAUUGAUAGCUGAUUAAGUUAUAAUUAUAGAUUUACUGUUCCUAUUUUGACAAUAUAUUGUUUUGUAAUGAUUAAGAAUUUAACUGGAUGAGUUGUUUUUCUUUUUUUUUAACUUUAUUUACUUUUUAGAAUUUUAGUAUGAUGGUAUUAAACAACAACCUUUACCUUCAUUAAAAUACCGUUAAUUUAAUGUAAUAUUAUUAAAUAUAUAUAUUAAUUUAUAAGAUUUCUUUGUUAGUUUUUCUAUUUUUAAAAUUGAAGGAAUUAUUUCCCCCCCCCCCCCCCCUGUCUUUAGACAAAUUAAGUGAACGCAGUUCUUGUUUUUCUUAUUUUGACCUUGGAUAAAUAAUAUAAAGUCUGUUUCUUAAACGUUGGGAUCGUCCCAACCUCAACUACCUCCUCUGGCUGCUUGUUCCAUACACCCACCAAGUUACCCCUCAGAUUCCUAUUAAAUCUUUUCCCCUUCACCUUGAACCUAUGUUCCCCGGUCCUCGAUUCCCCCACUCUGGGCAAGAGAUCCUGUACAUCUACCCGAUCUAUACCUCUCAUGAUUUUGUACACCUCCAUCAGAUCACACCUCAACCCCCUGCACCCCAUGGAAUAGAGACCCAGCCGACUCAACCUUUCCCUGUAGCUCAGACCCUCUAGUCCUGGCAACAUCCUCGUAAAUCUUCUCUGAACCCUUUCAAGCUUGACAAUAUCUUUCCUAUCCAUCAUGUUUCUUUUCUUUCUCAUGUGUUGAACCUGUGUAACUUGUACGAUCUGGAUCCAAUUUCCAGCACAGGCCUCUCUGCAUGUGGCUUCCCCCCACCUUGCAGUGUGCUGACUCAGGGCAAGUCAGUCAAUGCUGGAGUUUGCUUCUUCUGUUGCACAUACUAUUUGACCAUACAGAGGCACCAUUAUUUCUUGUGUAGGAAGGGCAGACACAAAAUGCUGGAGUAACUCAGUGGGUCAGACAGCAUCUCUGGAGAAAAGGAAUAGGUGACGUUUCGGGUCGAGACCCCCUUCACACUGAGAGUCAUGGAGGGGGGAACUAGAGAAAUGAGAAGUUUAUCAGUUGAGUUUAUUGUCACGCGUGCCGAUGUACAGUGUGUUAUGUAUGUAAUAUGAUUAACAUAUUUAAUGUCUUGUGUAAUGGUACGCAUGCGCAGGAGAGACUCAAGGUGGCGUUCAGAAUACAAGUGGUUUGUUAAAUUA